AUGUCUUAAGAUUAGAACUAGUAAUAACCAUCAAAGCAAUAUCAAAAUCCACCAGCAGGUUCUAUUCCAACAAGUUUCCUGCGUCCUCUGCACAUGCAUGAAUGGGAGAGCCAAGAUAAAGUUCUAAGUGAUCUACAAAAUUAGGAAGUUAAGAACUGUUUAGAGUAUGUUGACUUCAGAUUUCUAAGGCAUGAAUGGGACAAUAUUCCAGUUAUAGUGCCCCGCUACUUGUUCUAUCUUUCAAAAUAUAUCAAUGGUCUGGCCACUUUUUGUUACAAUGUAGAAUAACAAGAAUCUACUGAGUCGAUCCGUGAGGAUCUCAACGAAAAGUACUAUGACUUACUGAAUCGAAACGAUGAAAUGAGGAAAACAGAUUUGAAGGAAAAAGAUGAAAUCAAUUAGAACUUCAAAGAUCUUAAGAAUGAAUGCCAUAAGAUUGAUAGCUUUAUCAAAGACUUAAAUGAUGAUAAUCACAGAUGGCUGAACACAAGCAUGUAUGAUAUGUACUCAACCCCUGAAAACAAGAUAUAUGAAUACAAGGAUUACAAAGACAAAGACUGUAUUGGAGAAGCGUAUCAAAGAAAAGCAAGACUUUAUUCACUGAACUAAAUCAAAGACUUGUUCCACAUUCACUUGAACAGAUCCAAGCUGUGUCACAGAUUUUGGGGAAUUCAGACUCAGAUGAUAAGAUGCGAGAAUGACGUGAAGCAGUUAUUCAAAAAUGAUGAGAGUAUUAGAGCAUACAUAGAUGAAAAAGUGAAUUAACUCACUGAUAGAUUAGAUAAAUUUGAUUAGCAAAAUACUCAACAACAAAGUUACCAUGAUGGAAAGUUAAGUGAAAUCAAUAGUAAACUAUAUAAUCAUGGAGAGAGUAUCUUAAAGCUAUAAGAUUUUCAGAAAGAAGCGAACAAAAACUUUGGGGAUCUAAAGUCUCUUAAUGAUAAAACAAAUGCCAAAAUCGUCCAAGAAAGAGAUACAAUGAACCAAUUACUAGACAUUUAAUGCAAUGAACUAAGAGUGAAGAUUAGCAAUAUUGAUUAGUACACUCAAAACUAGAUUGAUGCCAUGCAGCUGGAUUUUGACCGCUUUAAGCAUUCAACUAAGGAAUCCAUUGACAACAAGGAGCGAUCUAUCAUGAAUAAGACUAAUACAUAUGUUGGCGAGUUGCGUAAAUAUGUAGAAGAGACUGCUAAUGAUCUUAAUUAGAAGAGAUAGGAGAUGCAAGAGAAAUAUGAUAAGAAAUUUGGGAAUGUAAAGGAAGUAAUCACGAACUACUUUGAAAAGUAUGACAGUGAUUUAGAGGAAAUGAAGAUCAAUAUGAAGGCACUGAAUUAAAAGUAUGCUGACUGGUCAAAGAUCUUGAUAGAGCCAAGUUCAUUGAACGAGGCGAGACUUUAUUCUUUAGAGACUCGAAUGCAUGAAGAGGAAGAGAUUAGGAUCAAAGAGUAUGAGUAUGUUCGGGAUCUCAUGAAGAAGCUAAUCUUCUCAUUAGAGCAAACUAAUCUAUAAAACCUUGAUAUUGCGAAGUCUAGUGCGUAUCGCUCUAUGGAUAGAGCUGAUGCUGUAACCAGAGGCAGCGUAUAACUAACACAGCAUUAGUAACCAUUAAUUAAUCUAUAGAAUUUGCAGUCUCCAUAACUGCCAAAUUUACUGCAAACUCAAGGUAUGAAUAGUUAGUUUAAAGGAAGUGGCAUGAGUUCUUAAGGAGGAGAUAAACCGAAUCCAAGCAGUACAUUGAAUGAACUUAGCUUAGGGCUAUAACAUAAAACCAAUGAAAUACUGAUGCUUAAAAGAUUAAACUUCUUAAAGACAUCUUUAGAUAGCCAUAGUCCAAGGCAAACCACGACAAACUUGCGAUUAAAAGCAGUUAAGAAACGAGACGACAGAGUUUAUGAAAUAUGGAGGAAGGAAUUAGAGGCACCCACUGUGCAUGAAAUACUUGCUAACUAUCUUAAGAACAAACAUCCGGUAAAUGUAGACUUAGAAAAAGAAAUUAAUGAAUAAUCCUUUUAGCCACCCCAGUCAAGUAGCAAUAAGUAAAAGAUAUAGGCUUAGGCUCGCAUUCCUCAAAUCAAAACCAUAUUGACUGGUGGAACAAAUAACUCUAGAAAUCUUGAUGUAUAGAGUUAAUAGAACCUGAAUGAAUCUGAAGUCAAAUCUAAACGAGGAGAGAUCACUCUGUAACCUCUGUCAACUGGUAAUGUGGAUACUUCUGUAAGUAACUUGAAAGCCUCCAACGAUUCAGCCUUUAUUACUUAGAAAAUGCAUAUGAAACAUUAAUUUGGGUAGACUUUUCAUCCUAAUAUGCCAUUUUAGCAAAACAAACAGUAGCUUAAUACUGUAAACAUUUAAAGUCUAUAGUCGAUCGAUCAAUCAGUGAGGUCUAAUAACCUAGCUGACAAGAUCAAUAGAAAUAAAUUCUUGACCAACUCAGAUAAUAAAAAGAUUAAUAAUGGGCAAACUAGAGGUCAUUCUAAUUUGAGGGACGCUGUAGGAGUGAGGGAUAAGUUGUACGAGACUUUUUGGUCUGACUUCGAUAACUCAAUAGUUGAAAAGAGUAGAUAACUCUAAAACCCUCCAAAGAUGAAAGUUUACACUCAUAAUAGGCCUCGAGGACAGCUAGAGUCUGGUCCUGGUAGAUAAGACCAGGAUAUGAAUGCCACAUUUAGUCACAACGAAGAUCGCAGAAAUACUUCAAUGAUUGACGAAGACCUGAACAAAACUAUGCCAUUAUGA